UGAAGGCGAAGUAUUGUUUUGUAUUUAUUUUAUGCCCUUAUUAUAAACAAACCGGCUGUAAAUCUAAUAUAUACUGUUAAAGUAAAAACUUAGAUCCUUAAACCAUGGGAGGUAUUAGGAAGUUUAAGAAUAGAAAGACUAGAAGACAAGAGAGGAAUCAGAAUAGGGAAAGCAAACCAAAAAGAGUACGUGGGCCUUAUUCAGAAUUGGUGAGAGAAAGUGCAGGGUUCGAAAAAUAUUACAAGGCCCAAAACAUCGUCCCUGAGUCAGAGUGGGAAAGUUUCCUCAACGCUCUUAGACAAGACUUGCCCGCUGCUUUCCGUAUUAGUGCUUGCAAUGAGAAAGAAGCAGCAAUCCUAUUAGAUAUUGUGGAAGGGAGUUUUUUCAAAGGACUGAUCAAUACUGACGAUCCUGAAGAAGAAAAGAAGAAACCAUUUUGCUUGCCAUGGUACCCGAAACGGCUGGGAUGGCAAGUACCGAUAUCCCGCAAGGAUAUCCGUCGUUCAGAGACGUACUUCAAACUUCACAACUUUCUUAUGUCCGAGACAGACUCGGGCAACAUCAGCAGACAAGAAGUGGUUAGCAUGAUACCUCCUUUGGUGCUUGACGUGCAGCCUCAUCAUAAGGUACUCGACAUGUGCGCAGCGCCAGGCUCCAAGACGGCCCAGCUGAUAGAGAUGAUGCACACUGGCGCCAGUGUACCCAGUGGUGUUGUGAUUGCCAAUGACGUUGACAACACCAGAUGUUACAUGUUGGUACAUCAGGCCAAGCGGCUCAACAGUCCUUGUACGUUGGUGACCAACCACGACGCUAGCAUCAUGCCGAACAUCUACCUGGAGAAAGAGGACGGAAGCUCUGAGAUUAUGAGGUACGAUCGUAUUCUCUGUGACGUUCCAUGCACCGGAGAUGGCACCAUGCGUAAGAAUCCCGACAUCUGGACAAAGUGGAACCCUGCUAACUCGAAUAAUUUGCAUGGUGUACAAAUGCGGAUAGUGAAAAGAGCCUUAGAACUGCUAGCAGUGGGUGGAAGAUUGGUCUACUCAACGUGUUCCCUCAACCCACUAGAAGACGAGGCAGUCAUUCACAGAACUUUAGUCGAGGCCAAAGGAGCUGUGGAAUUGCAGGAUGUCUCUCAGAGUCUGCCAGGACUGAGGCACAGCCCUGGAGUGUCACAUUGGGUCCUGGCGUCCAAGGAGACAGAGAUCUACAAGACCUUUGAGGAAGUACCAGAGUCUCUACACAACAUGAUACGUCCGGCGAUGUUUCCUCCCAAAGCAGAGGAUGCUGACAAGUACCAUCUGGACAGAUGCAUGAGGGUUCUACCCCAUCACCAAGACACCGGUGGAUUCUUCAUCGCAGUUCUCGUAAAGCUGUCACCGCUACCGUGGGAGUCAUCCAAGUCCGCAGAAGCUGGUAACGGAGACGUUGUUGAGAAAGAGAGCGUCAAAACUAACGGCCCUCCUCAGAAGCGACGGAGAAUACAAGGCUAUCGUGAGGACCCGUUUGUGCUCUUUAAAGAAGAAGAACCUGUCUGGCCUAUCAUAAGGGAUUUUUACGACAUAAAACCAGAUCUGCCGUUGGACUGUAUGCUCACAAGGUGUGCCAGUGGAAAGAGGAAGAAUAUUUACUUUGUCUCCCCGAUUAUCCGAGACAUUCUGAACAAAAACCAGGAAAAAGUAAAGAUCAUCAACGCUGGUGUUAAGGCAUUUGCUAGAUGUGACAACAAAAACAGUGAAUACUGCUUUCGUCUGGCUCAAGAGGGACUGGCCAGUAUAGAGCCUUACCUGGGUCAAUGCCGCAGAGUAUUGGUUACCAAGGAUGACCUGAUCAAGCUGCUCAUGUGUACAGAUCCUACACAUCCCCCAGAGACUGACACACUACAUCCAGACACACAAGAGAGGCUCAAAGACUUUGGUUUGUUGUAGGGACUGGCCAGUAUAGAGCCUUACCUGGGUCAAUGCCGCAGAGUAUUGGUUACCAAGGAUGACCUGAUCAAGCUGCUCAUGUGUACAGAUCCUACACAUCCCCCAGAGACUGACACACUACAUCCAGACACACAAGAGAGGCUCAAAGACUUUGGUUUGUUGUAGGGACUGGCCAGUAUAGAGCCUUACCUGGGUCAAUGCCGCAGAGUAUUGGUUACCAAGGAUGACCUGAUCAAGCUGCUCAUGUGUACAGAUCCUACACAUCCCCCAGAGACUGACACACUACAUCCAGACACACAAGAGAGGCUCAAAGACUUUGGUUUGUUGUAGGGACUGGCCAGUAUAGAGCCUUACCUGGGUCAAUGCCGCAGAGUAUUGGUUACCAAGGAUGACCUGAUCAAGCUGCUCAUGUGUACAGAUCCUACACAUCCCCCAGAGACUGACACACUACAUCCAGACACACAAGAGAGGCUCAAGGGGAUUGCAGGAGGUGGUAGCUGUGUGUUGGAGUACCGAGGAGAAGACGGUCUCAACCUAGACCUGGUGGGUUGGAAGGGGAAGUGUUCAUUGAGAGCCUACGCCAACCAAGCCGACUGUGUCCACUACCUGAGACUUCUCGGCGGAGACACGUCAAUGUUUGAAAAAAAUAAAUUCAAGAAAGAAGAGGAGAUGAAAAUAUUUCUAGGAAAUGAAAACGAUGAAGGUAGCAAAGACUCAGAAGUUGAAGAAAAAAAUGAAUUCAAGGAGGAGGGGAUGAAAAUAUUUCUGGGAGAUGAAAACAGUGAAGAGACAGAAGUUAAAGAUGUUCCAGAAACAACUGCUACAACUUAACCACAAAUAUCUUAGUUGAAUUACAACUUUGUAUCCGAAACUUUGUAAUCCAGCUAAGAGGGUUUACUUAUUCAGAAAUGUAUAAUUUUACAUUGUCGACUCGCUUGUUUUAGGUAUAAAUAAAACAUUUGUUUAAUUUGUUAUCUAUUUUA